AUGGACGGUGAACGUAGAAAAGAAGAAUUGGCAAAGAAGAGGCAAAAGCUUGCUGAGCUUAGGCGUGCAAGAGAAGAGCGCAAGCAAGUCUUUAGUAAUAAUACUGACCCUAAGCCCACCGAUUUGGAAAGGGAUCGCAAGGAAAAGGAGAUGAUAGAGGUAGAUAAUCUUGUCAAAGCGUUACUAGCAGAUAAAACUGUACGUCCCGGAACUCCAUCUAAUCCGGAAGAUUCUGAUGGUUCUGAUAAAGGCAAAACUGAAAGGGGAAGGAAUUUCUCUCUUUCUAUGCAUUCUCAACAUUCACAAUACUCUCCAAGUACCUCGGUUCCUCAAAGCCCUCAAAUACCAAAUCUCACUACUCGUUAUAUUCCUGAUUUCUCAUCGUUCGAUGCUGUUAUAUUAGAUAUUGCUCCAAAGGAAAUCGUUUUAUAUAGUAAAGAAGUACAGACUUCUGAAAACUCUUUUGGUCCUCCACCACCUUCAGAAGACGAAAUCCGUUCAAAAAUUGUAAAAGAAUUAGAAGAAAUUGAAAGACAGGAACGACAAGCUCAAGAGGAACAACGAGCGAGAUUAGAGGCUGAAAAGAAAAAAAAUCAAAAAGAUAAAAAUAUAACUGAUGAGGAAAGGAAGAAAAUCGUCAAUUCUGCUGACUUUGCUGAUUUUAUUGAUCAUACUACCAAAAUUGUUGAGAGAGCUCUUAAUGAAAAUUAUGACUUUAUGAAAGAUUAUAGUAUUAGUAAGGAUGUAGAAAGUGAUGAGAAAACUGGAAAUCGUGUCAAAUACAUGUGCUCAUUUUUUGAUGACAAAUGGAGUAAAAAUCGUUCUGUCACUGAUGUUAAUUGGUCGAAAAAAAAUCCUGAACUUGUUGUUGCUUCGUAUAAUAAAAAUCCAAUUGCUAUGAAUGAACCAGAUGGUGCUGUUUUAGUGUGGAAUUUACGAUUACUUGAACGUCCAGAAUUCGUUUUCCAUUCACAGUCGGAUGUACUUACUGUUGCAUUCUCAGAUUUUCAUCCAAAAUAUGUUAUUGGUGGUACUUAUUCUGGGCAAAUAGUGCUAUGGGAUAUGAGAGCAAAAUCUUUACCUGUUGUCAAAACUCCUCUUUCUGCUAAUGGUCAUACCCAUCCUGUUUAUUCGAUGCAAAUGGUGGGUACUCAAAAUGCUCACAAUCUCAUCACUGCAAGUACGGACGGUUUAGUAUGUUCUUGGGAAUUAGACAAAUUAAUUGAACCUCAGGAACAUUUAGAAUUGGUACAUUCUGGACAUCAUAAAACUGAUGAGGUUUCAGUUACUGCUCUUGGUUUCCCAGACAAUGAAACUGCCGCUUUCUGGGUUGGAACAGAAGAGGGUGUUGUUUAUCAAGCUAAUCGAUAUGGUGGCGCUAGGGGCAAAGCUGGCAUUAAUCAAUAUGAUACUUACAGAGGUCAUUGGGGUCCAAUUACUGGUCUUCACUUUCAUCCUCUUUUUGGUCCAGUCGACUUCUCUGACUUGUUUUUGACAUCUUCCGUUGAUUGGACUGUGAAAUUAUGGAGAGCAAAAUCCGUUUCAAAACCAUCAACAUCACCGCAAGUCAUUUCUCCAUUACAUUCUUUUGAAGGAUCAGACGAUUAUGUUUAUGAUGUAAAAUGGUCACCUUGUCAUCCAGCAUUGUUUGCCUCAGUUGAUGGUACAGGAAAAUUCUCUAUAUGGAAUUUGAAUGUUGAUACUGAG